AUGGGUUAUGCAUCUUUGGACGCAGCGCUUGCCUUCCCUAACAAUUUGGCGCCGAUUAACUCUCACAUCGCCAUCACAGAUACACUGAAGUCAGACGCCAACUUUCUUGUGCAUCAUUUCGUCGUAAAUCAGCUCAAAAAUGACAAGCAUGUGGUAUUGGUCGGUUUAGCGCAAAUCUUCAACCAUUACUUCUUGAUUGGACGCAAGUUGGGAAUCAAUUUGCAAACGUACAAGCAAUCUGGAAAGCUUGUCUUUUUGGAUGGUUUGACGCAUUUGAACGAAUACACAUCCGAAACGCCAUAUCCCCCACCCAAGGCACCCACUGCACCCACAAACACACUAGAUCACAAAAACAAGCAGCAAAAUUUGUUGAAAUCAUUCUACAAGACGAUUGCCCAGUAUGUGACAUCUAGCAACACACUUGUCAUUUUAGACGAUGUGAGUGUGCUGUUGUACAAUGGGUUUGACACUGAGCAGGUGUCAACAUUCAUCCUCAAGUUGAGAUCACUCGUUGAGAAUGUCCAGGGCACACUACUGACCGUGAUGCAUGCCGAUGAAGAGGGAUCAGAGGAUACAGAGCAAGACAACUUUAUCAAGAGUGUCAUUUACGGAUCAAAUCUUGUGCUCCAGGUCCAGCCGUUGAACAGUGGAUUGGCCAGAGAUGUGCAUGGUCAAUUGGACGUCAUUUACGGGCCACAGCAGCAACACCAGCAAACCAUGAAUACCCCACAACAAUCUUUGCACUACAAGAUAUUGGACAACAAUGUGCACUUUUUUGCUAGAGGUGUUGCUCAAAUGUAA